AUGCAGAGACCCAGAGCUUUGUGUUUCACUUCAUGGAUCACAGAAGCCGGGGUCCUGUGUUUUACCUUCUUCCAGUUAGCAGGCUCCGAGUCCGACUGUGAGCCUGGUGAGAGGUGCGUUGGGCAGGGCGGAAACUUUAGCAGCUGGUAUGUGUGGUUCCUGAUGUUGUUUUUCCUGGCCUUGCUCCUGUCCUGCGGGAUCUGCUGCUGCCUGCAGUGCUGGCUGAAGCGGCGGAGCUGCCUCCCUCACCCACGCACCCUGGCCGUCUUUGCGCUCAGCAGCUCGGAUGCUUUCUGCGCGGGUGAAGCCCCUCAGUGCCCGUUCUCCAGAUCUCCGAACCCCUGUGUGAACAUGGAGACGUCCUCUCCUCCUGCCCCGCGGUUCAGCCUUGGGGGAACUGAGUUGCCUCCAUCCUAUGAGGAUAUCAUGAAGGAAAACUAG